AUUUUCCAAUAUCUGUUUCGUCGAGUUUUUCCUCAAAAUGAUGUUUUCGUCCGCAGGAAAGCGCUGUUUCACCAUAGAGUCCCUCGUGGCCAAAGAAACCCCUCUGCCCGCGGAGGAUCCGCUCCGGCCGACGGCUUUACCUUACUCCAACCCGACCACAGACGUUUUAGUGAACACGUACCAGAACCAGCCGGCCCGGUCACUGUACCACAGUCCGGACCUGGUGUUCCCAGAGACGGUGACCCACCCGUCCCUGACCGUGGGUCCUCAGUUCGGCGGCUCCCACCUGCAGCAUCCUCACUUCUUCGGGACGCAGCACCGAGACCCGCUCAACUUCUACCCGUGGGUCCUACGGAACAGGUUUUUCGGACACAGAUUUCAAGGGAACGAUGUUUCACAGGACAGCCUUCUCCUCCACGGUCCGUUCGCAAGAAAACCCAAACGCAUCCGGACUGCCUUUUCUCCUUCUCAGCUCCUCCGUCUGGAAAGAGCUUUUGAGAAGAAUCACUAUGUUGUCGGAGCCGAGAGGAAACAGCUCGCAAACAGCCUAAGUUUAUCUGAAACACAGGUGAAAGUUUGGUUCCAGAACAGGAGGACCAAGUACAAGAGACAGAAGCUGGAGGAGGAGGGACCUGACAGCCAGCAGAAGAAGAAGGGCAACCACCACAUCAACAGAUGGCGUAUUGCCACCAAGCAGACCAGCUCCGAGGACAUUGACGUGACCUCAGAGGACUAAAACCAGUCCAGUACCUGACCCUCUGUCCCACAUACCUUCUGAUGC